AUGCCAACGCAAGACAAAUCCCCCGUGAUUGGCAUUGAUCUCGGCACCACGUACUCAUGCGUUGGUGUUUUCCAACAUGGUAGGGUGGAGAUCAUCUCCAAUGAUCAAGGAAACCGCACCACGCCCUCAUACGUUGCUUUCACUGACACUGAGCGACUAUUAGGAGAUGCGGCCAAGAACCAGGUUGCUCUAAAUCCGGCAAAUACGGUGGUUGAUGUCAAACGCUUGAUAGGUCGGAAGUUUAACGACAGUGAAGUGCAGGCGGACAUCAAGCACUAUUCGUUCAAGGUGGUCGAACAGAACCAGAAGCCAGCAGUCCAGGUAGAGUAUAUGGGAGUAGUGAAGACCUUCCUUCCGGAAGAGAUCUCAUCGAUGGUGCUGACCAAAAUGAAGGAGACGGCAGAAGCAUUUCUGGGGCUCAAGGUGAUCGAUGCGGUGAUUACAGUUCCCGCGUACUUCAAUGACAGCCAACGUCAAAGCACCAAGGACGCCGGGGCCAUCGCCGGUCUCGAUGUGCUGCGUAUUAUCAACGAACCCACAGCCGCAGCGAUUGCAUAUGGAUUGGAUAAGAAGGCCGCCAAUGAAAGAGAAAAGAAGAUACUCAUCUUCGAUCUUGGAGGAGGCACAUUUGAUGCGAGUAUACUGACCAUUCACGACGGGGUCUUCGAAGUCAAGUCUACGGCCGGCGACACACACUUGGGAGGAGAGGACUUCGACAACCGCAUGGUCGCUCAUUUCGCGAAGGAAUUCCAGCGCAAGCACAGGAAGGAUCUCACUGUCAAUCCGCGCUCUAUGCGUCGAUUGCGAACGGCAUGCGAGAAGGCUAAGCGCACACUAUCGUCAUCUGCGCAGGCCUCCGUGGAGAUCGACUCCCUCUUCGAGGGUAUUGAUUUUUACACAUCCAUCACUCGAGCGCGUUUUGAAGAGAUGUGUGCCGAUGUGUUCCGCGGCACGCUUGUGCCGGUCGAGAAAGCGCUGCGAGAUGCCAAGCUCGGGAAGUCGGACGUCGAUGAGAUUGUGCUGGUUGGUGGAUCUACGCGCAUUCCUAAAAUCCAGAAACUGCUCACUGAAUUCUUCAACGGUCGCGAGUUGAACAAGAGCAUUAACGUUGACGAGGCAGUCGCCUAUGGCGCCGCUGUUCAGGGCGCUAUUCUACGUGGCGACACGCACAGUGCUGUCAGUGACCUCCUUCUGCUCGAUGUCGCACCCCUGUCAAUGGGUAUUGAGACUGCCGGUGGGGUGAUGACUUCUCUGAUCAAGCGCAACACCACCAUCCCCACGAAUCAAACACAGAUCUUCACCACUUAUACUGACAACCAGCCAGCCGUAUUUAUCCAGGUGUGCGAAGGCGAGCGUGCGAUGACUAGGGACAAUCACAAGUUGGGUGCCUUCGACCUCUUUGGCAUUGCCCUGGCUCCCCGAGGAACACCACAGAUUGAAGUAACGUUUGAUAUCGAUGCCAAUGGUAUUCUCAAUGUGUCUGCGCAGGAUAAGGCCUCUGGCAAGUCGGAGAAGAUCACAGUGACUAACGAUGCGGGUUGCUUGAAUCAGAAAGUCAUAAACCAGAUGCUGGCGAAUGCUGAGAAUUAUGCAGCACAAGACGAGAGCUACGCCUUCCAGGUGAAGAAUUCGGUAGAGCAUGAUCUCAAGGACAAGAUAUCCGAAAGUGAUCGUCAGGAUGUGGUGAAGAAAGCUGACGAGGUCAUCACCUGGCUGGACCACAACCAAAUGGCGGAGAAGGACGAGUUCGAGUACCAAAAGAAAGAGUUGGAGUCUGUGGUGAACCCCAUCAUAUCAAACGCAUACAAACAGGCGGGUGCAGGCGGUGCUGGGGGUAUGCCUGGGGGUGUUAUGUUUGGAGGGAUGGCAGACGCCGGAGGUAGCGGCCCUACGGUUGAGGAGGUGGACUAAGGAUAGUCCCAGGCCAUUCUACGUUCAUGUCUCCACCGACUUUCGACCUAUGACCUUUAAUACCGGUGCCACUCCACGUAUCGCACCACCGACUAAUAUUAUCGUUACCGUGGUGAAUAAUCUCUCCUAACAGCAGAUUGUGUAUACACAAGGGAUAGGUGAUCGAAACAUCCAUACAUUAUUGUAUUUGCUUCAUCCUGAAUAAAAAAUAGAUAUCA